AUGAUGUACCGACCACUGGGUGCCACUGUUGCUGCACUACUUUUACUGUGCCGUGCUGUUGAAGCUGCAUCUUUGCCGGAGGCUGAGGUUGCCAAUGCCACAGUACUUGCGGGAGCUGGGGACCCAAUGCGAGUUAUCACCCUUACUGCGCCGGACAACUCGAUCGUAGCGAAUUUCUUGUCGACUGGCGCCACGCUCAAAAAUCUCUGGGUGAAAGACAGACGCGGGAAAUUUAGAGAUAUAGUACUCGGCUACGACAAGAAGAGUUUGUACGCUUCAGAUCCAUCUCAUCCCUUUUUUGGAGGUAUCGUUGGUCGGUAUGCGAAUCGGAUUAAGAAUGGUACAUUCUCUAUUCCUAUCACGAAGAAUGCUACUGGACCAGAUGUUUAUACGAUACCUACCAAUGAGAACGGAGGGCUAGAUACGCUUCAUGGCGGGCUCGUAGGGUACGAUCGACGCAAUUGGGGCCCAAUGAAUCUCUCAAAGUCUUCAGUUACAUACCAUCUUAUUGACCCGGAUGGCACACAAGGAUUCCCUGGAACAGUCCAGGCUCUGGUGACUUAUACAUUGAUGAAGCAGGCGAAAUGGAAGAUUGAAAUGUUCGCCAACUCGACAAAGAAGACUCCGAUUUUACUUUCUUCCCAUGAACCUGGAAGCGUACCAAGAGACCAGUCCUUGGCGGAUCACGAGCUCCAAAUUGAAGCCAGCCGUGUCAUAGCUACGGACGGCAUUCUCGUUCCUACAGGAGAAUUGACAAACGUCACCGGCACUUACUUUGACUUCCGAAACGAAACAAGGUUAGGAGAUGUCAUUGAUAAAGCAGUGGGUUACUGCGGAACAGGUUGCACUGGCUUGGAUAAUGCAUGGAUAUACGACCGUUCAGCUGAGAAGACACCCGCAUUUUCGCUGUACAGCCCUAACUCUGGCAUCAAGAUGUCCGUCACAACCGACCAGCCAGCGCUUCAAGUAUACACAUGUAACGGGAUAGCUAAUAAUGGGGAUGGAAAGAAUGUGACCAUACCUCGCAAGAAGGCACACGGGGGUCCGAAGAAAUACUACCCAAACCAUUCUUGUGCUGUGAUUGAGCAGCUCGUGCUUGCGUGCUAUCCAUCGAACCCACUCGCCGCUGCUCCAGAGUUCAAACCAAAUGCACAGGAACUCUCCAAGCUAUCAUACUACGCCACCAACCGUGCUGGGAAGCUGACCAAAUUGGCUGAUGUAUUUGAGAAAAGAGCCACUGAUGAAGCCCGACGUGCCGGGUUCCUUGCUCAUCACCCUCGCCAUACUCAAACAGCUGGCCACGAUUGCAAACGCGAUCUCACCUUGUUGUCAACCGCUCUCAUAGCCUCCGUCAAGGCCUCCCUCGUUGCCCUGCCCGAUGAUCUCGAAGUCGCCGCUCGUGCCGCCAGCGUUUUCACAGCAUGGACGGCCUAUACCGAUGGAACUCUCAUUGGUGUUGAUAACGCUUUCACAAACAAUUACCUGGCCACGCUGUCUAUGUUUGCGAAACUCUGCCAAUCAAACGGUAUCAACGGGGACUCGGAGAACCGCAACAGGACGCGAAUCGUCGGCCUCGGCGCUAUAUCUGGGGCAGUCACGUCUGCAGCCUUGUUCCAUUCUCUCUCAGAAUUCCAACACCAGGUUGAUGCUAUCGUUCCGCCCAUUCUCUUCAACAUUCACUCUCAUGAGUUGGAGAGACUCAACGAGGAAUGCGAGAUCAUUGAUGCUCCGAACGGUCCAUCUUCGCCCUUUUUGACCGAGUUCCAACCUCAGCGACCGCUAGCCAACCGCAAGGCAGCGUCAAUUCACGCCCACAUUGAUGGAGAAAAAGGACCUUCCAAAUCCGACGUGCUGGACUUGUCCUUGAGGGACCUCAAGGCGCUAUUUUCCCCUUCUAAUCCUGCCCAGCUUGGUCACGUCAUGCAGGCAAUUUUCCAUCAUGUUGACAAUGCACAGCUUUGGCCGAAUGUUGAGUGGUGCUGUUGGCUUGUGGACAGGGUCACCGACUGGGCCCAGUUUCCAUAUCGCUUUGUUAUUCCCACUCGGUUAAUCGAGCUCCUUGUCAGCGUCCGCGACGAGGCUGUCCCAACGGCUCAACAUACGACCCUAGUAGCCACGAUUACAACCGUUCUCUCUUCCCCCAAGCACAUCAUCAACCUUUCCACCGGAGAAGUAGCCGCGAACUUGAUUCAAGUUGUUCUACGACGCGCAGCAAUUGACCCUAUGGAUGGCUUACUUCCUGCUUUGGUCACUUGCACUGCUGCGCUGGGAACGCAUAUAUAUUACUCGGACCAGAUCCAGGACUUGUCGGAGGAAAUCAUCAAUCGUAUCGCUAUUCGAUGCUUGGUGGCCUGUCUUGUUGGCCUAAUCAAGGCCACUGAGCUCAACAAGGGUCGUAUUACCAGCCAUGCUCACAAGGAAGAAGUUGCACCCACUGAGAAGGGCAAAUGGCGAGCGUCUGUUGAUGGAGCUGCUUCGGAUGCAGAAAAACUGGCUGUUAUCACUUCUUCGGGCCGGCGUAAUCCCAUUAGCCCCGAGUCUGGCAGGAAACGGAUUAUGCCCGUACCUUGGAGGCGUACAUUCGUACCGAGUUGCCGCCCGAGCCAUACGGCGCUCAAGACGAGUGGGCGCCAAUCUCAAUUCACGGAUGCUACCUACCGAUUCCUGAACGCAUUACACGCAUCGGCCUACACGUUGGCAAUUUCGGCCGCACUUGGGCUCUCGACCGACCCGUUGGCCGGUGCCUCUCAGGCUUCAUCAUCGCAGGCGUUAGCGCCUACUCCCAUCAACAUCGUCCCUGCUACCCCCGUGGGGACUCCAAAGCACGAGAUCCCACCACCUGUGAUAUCUGAGGAGGGCAGCAAACGAACACCUAGUACAUCCUCCGGGUACAGGCCACCGUCUCCCUCGGAUUAUGCCCAUCUUAUUAAUGUGCUCUGCGCGAUGCAUGAACGCCUGCCAGUACGGGGUCUGUUUGCUGGUGUACCCAUGUUGUUGGCUCUCGAUCAGGCGGCAUCCUCCAUUGGUGACAAUGAUGGCAACAACGCCAGAGGCAGGAAACAAGCCGCCAGGGAGGUUAUUGCUCAAGCUUGGAUUACUAUUGGGAAGAUGUGGGAAUGCCCGGAAGUUGUGAACGCGGCUGAAGCUGCACUGACAACCUUGUCGAUGUCAUCGUACAUCCCUGACCUACCUCCACCUCACGAGGAUCUCCUUCACCCACCAGAGUUGGCAGUCGAAUGGCCAGAGUUGGAGCUACCAAACUUUGGCGAAUCAUCAAACUCGAACAAACUGUUUGUUGAUCCGGAGAUUGUGCUUCAUGCCUUGGCUGCCAACGAGCGGGUUCAGAAUCUCAGCGGACUUCACCAAGAAGAAAUCCUUCGUCGUCUUGGGGCAGAAUGGACCGUGGAACUUGCACUCAAAAACAGUGUCGAGUCUACCCAAGAGAUUAUCCGUGCCGAUGCUACUUCACCAUGGAUCAAGAUAUCUCCAGCUUUGAUGCACAUUGAUAACCAUUCGCUAGCGAGCGUGUCCCGCACCUCUCGUGAUGUGGUGUCUCUGAGCUACGUCAAGCGCUGGGUCAAGGUGCCUCCAACUCCGCGUUUGGAACUUCGGUGA